UUCUCCAAUCAAGUGAGGUGUAGGAAUUUUCUACAGGGAAAUAAUGAUCAAAAGGCCAUUUCGGAACGUUUUUGUAACGGUAGGCACGACACAGUUCGAGGAACUGGUAAACGCCGUCGUGUCCACAGCGGUUCUGCAGCAACUGGAACGUUUGGGAUGUGAAGCGCUCACGAUCCAAACGGGGACAGGUUCGACUCCCGAGCUAAAGUGCGUACAGGAUCGGUCGAAAAUUCGUAUCUCUUGUUACGACCUGAAAAGCAACAUCGGAGAAGACAUCAAACAAGCAGAUCUGGUCAUUAGCCACGCAGGAGCUGGUAGCUGCAUAGAAGUACUGGAAGCCUGCCGACCGCUGGUGGUGGUCGUAAAUGAGUCGUUGAUGAACAACCAUCAGACGGAAUUAGCUGAACGGUUAAGCCGCGAUGAUUACCUGUUCUUCUGCACUCCAAGUAAUCUGCACCACACGUUGGCGGAAGUGGAUUUCAGUCGGUUAAAGAAACUGGCCUCCGGUUCGUUGGACAGUUUCAUUGAACAUCUCGACAAAUGUAUGGGCUUCAAAUAGGAUAACAGCCCAGGACAUCAAGCGGAAGUAGGGAACAUAGCGCAACUUUCAGGAUCCUUCUUUGCUGAAAGCAUACUUUAUACGGAACGCAAUGUGAUUACAUUUCAAAUAUAAAAU